CAUGAGUCGCCAGCAUCAGCGGCAUCACCAGCAGCAGCAGCUGCAACAACAGCAGCAGCAGCAUCAGCAGCAACAACUGCUGACCGCACAGCAGCAACAACAACAGGCGCUGCUGAUGGCCGAACAUGCCGCUGCCGCUGAGGCCGCCGAGCUCUUCGAUCUGCUCUGCGUGGCGACCACAAUGCGUCAGAUACUGGCGUUGCAUCGCGCCAUGUGCGAAGCGGUCGGAUUGCGGCCAUCGCCACUGAAUGAUUUCUAUCCCAAGCUCAAGGCCAAGGUGCGUUCGUGGAAGGCGCAAGCGUUGUGGAAGAAGUUCGAUGCACGUGCCGCACAUCGGGUCUAUGGCAAGGGCAACGCCUGCUCUGGGACACGAGUGUUGGUCAUAGGCGCUGGGCCGUGUGGUCUGCGCACUGCCAUCGAGGCACAGCUGCUGGGCGCCAAGGUUGUGGUGCUGGAGAAACGUGAUCGCAUCACACGCAACAAUGUGCUCCACCUUUGGCCAUUUGUCAUCACCGAUUUGCGUAAUCUGGGUGCCAAGAAGUUCUACGGCAAGUUCUGUGCCGGCUCCAUUGAUCACAUCUCCAUCAGGCAGCUGCAAUGCAUGCUGCUCAAGGUGGCACUGCUGCUGGGUGUUGAGAUCCACGAGGGCGUCAGCUUCGAUCAUGCGCUGGAGCCCAGUGGGGAUGGCACUGGAUGGCGUGCGGCAGUUACUCCGUCGGAUCAUGCUGUCUCGCACUAUGAGUUCGAUGUGCUCAUCGGUGCCGAUGGCAAACGCAACAUGCUCGACUUUCGACGCAAAGAGUUUCGCGGCAAAUUGGCCAUUGCCAUCACGGCGAAUUUCAUCAACAAGAAAACCGAAGCGGAGGCCAAAGUGGAGGAAAUCAGCGGUGUGGCGUUCAUCUUCAAUCAGGCGUUCUUCAAGGAGCUCUACAGUCGCACGGGAAUCGAUCUCGAGAACAUUGUGUACUACAAGGAUGAGACGCAUUACUUUGUGAUGACGGCAAAGAAGCACAGUCUGAUCGACAAGGGCGUCAUCAUCGAAGAUAUGGCAGAUCCCGCAGAGCUGCUUGCUCAGGCCAAUGUGGACACACAAAAGCUCCACGAUUAUGCGCGCGAGGCAGCGGAGUUCUCCACGCAAUAUCAAAUGCCCAAUCUGGAGUUUGCUGUCAAUCAUUAUGGCAAACCCGAUGUGGCCAUGUUUGAUUUUACCUCCAUGUUUGCGGCCGAGAUGUCGUGUCGCGUUGUCGUGCGCAAAGGAUGUCGCUUGCUUCAGUGUUUGGUGGGCGACAGUUUGCUCGAACCCUUCUGGCCCACGGGAUCGGGUUGUGCGCGUGGCUUCUUGUCCAGCAUGGAUGCAGCGUAUGCCAUCAAGCUGUGGUCCAAUCCACAGAAUAGCACACUUGGUGUGCUGGCACAGCGAGAGAGCAUCUAUCGACUGCUGAAUCAAACCACACCGGAUACGCUGCAACGUGAUAUUAGCGCCUAUACCGUGGAUCCGGCCACACGCUAUCCGAAUCUGAAUCGCGAAUCGGUGAACAGUUGGCAGGUGAAGCAUCUGAUUGACACCGAUGAUCCCGCAAUACUCGAGCAAACGUUCAUGGACACACAUGCGCUGCAGCUGCCACAUGCCGAGACGCCGGGCAAACGCAAGCGGCGCAGCGGAGAUACGUUGCCACAAGGCGCCAGUUUACUGCGCUGGAUCAGCGCACAGCUGGCCGCCUAUCAGUUCACAGCCGAGCUCAAGGAACCAUCCGAUGUGUUCCGCAAUGGACGUGUGCUCUGUGCGCUUAUCAAUCGCUAUCGACCCGAUCUAAUCGACUUUGCGGCCACCAAGGAGAUGAGUCCGCUGGAAUGCAAUGAGCUCGCCUUUGCUGUGCUGGAACGUGAACUGCACAUUGAUCGUGUGAUGAAUGCCAAACAAUCGCUGGAACUCACGGAUGUCGAAUCACGCAUUUGGCUGAACUAUUUGGAUCAAAUCUGUGAACUGUUUCGCGGCGAAAUACCGCACAUUAAGCAUCCCAAGAUGGAUUUCAGUGAUUUGCGGCAAAAGUAUCGCAUCAAUCACACCCAUGCACCGCCCGAUUUCUCCAAGCUGCUGCAAACGAAGCCCAAGGCCAAGUCCCCGAUGCAGGAUGCCGUCGAUGUGCCCACCACUGUGGUGCAACGUCGUUCGGUGCUGGACGAGGAGCGUGCCAAGCGGCAGCGUCGCCACGAACAGCUGUUGAACAGCAACGGCGUGGCAGCCGCUGCUGGCGGUGGCGCCGCAGCGAGUCCCGGGGGCAGCAAUCAGUUGCCACAAGCUCAAAGUGAUACGCCGCGUCGAUCGAAGAAGCGUCGCCAGGCUGACAAAACGGCAAACAUUGAGGAGCGUCAGCAGCGUUUGAAAGAGAUCGAGGAGAAUCGACAGGAUCGCAUGAGUCGCCGACGUCAGCAGCGUUUCCAUCAGACGCAGAAUUUCUACAAAAGUUUGCAGCUGCUGCAGGCGGGCAAAUUGUUGCGCGAAGGCGGCGAAGGUCUCGCUGAGGGCGUGGCCGAGGAUGGCACACCGUUCGAGGACUAUUCGAUAUUUUUGUAUCGCCAACAAGCGCCCAUAUUCAACGAUCGUGUCAAGGAGCUGGAGCGCAAGUUGCUCUUUCCCGAUCGUGAACGUGGCGAUAUCCCAUCAGCGUUGCCACGCAAUGCGGCCGAUGAACAGUUCAGCGAUCGCAUCAAGAACAUGGAACAACGGAUGACAGGACGUCCGGGACAUGGCAGUGAUAAGAAGCCCAAAGAUCUGAUGCGUGCCAUUGGCAAAAUCGAUUCCAACGAUUGGAAUGUGCGUGAAAUCGAAAAGAAAAUCGAACUGUCCAAGAAGACGGAAAUCCAUGGACCCAAGGGCCGUGAAAAGGUGCCGAAGUGGAGCAAGGAACAGUUCCAGGCACGACAGCACAAGAUGUCCAAGCCACAGCGACAGGACUCACGUGAGGCGGAAAAGUUCAAGGAGAUCGAUACCACGCUGCGGAAUCUGGAUAAGCAGCUGAAGGAGGGACACAAUCUGGAUGUGGGUGAGCGAGGACGCAACAAAGUGGCCUCGAUUGCGGGGCAAUUUGUGAAAAAGGACGAGACGCAGUCGGAUGAGAAGAACGCGAGCAGUAAUGCCACCACGAACACCAACACUGUCAUACCAAAAUCUAGCUCAAAGGUGGCGCUGGCCUUUAAGAAACAGGCUGCCUCGGAGAAGUGCCGCUUCUGCAAGCAGACCGUCUAUCUGAUGGAGAAGACCACCGUGGAGGGUCUGGUGCUGCAUCGCAAUUGCCUUAAGUGUCAUCACUGCCACACCAACUUGCGCCUCGGCGGAUACGCCUUCGAUCGCGAUGAUCCUCAGGGACGUUUCUACUGCACACAACACUUUAGGCUGCCACCUAAGCCGAUGCCACAACGCGUCAACAAGAGACGCUCAGCUGCCGCACAGCCUGCCUCGCCUGCUGCCGCUCCACAAAGUGCAACAGCUGCCGCCGCUGCAGAAGAUGAGCAGCCCAUGGACACGUUGCCUGUUCAAGCCGAUUUACUGGACAAUUCUAGAGCCGCUGCCUCGGCAGAUAACAUGUCCGACGAUGAGGCGAACAUUAUCGACGAACACGAGUGGAACGGACGCAAUUUUCUGCCCGAAUCCAACAAUGAUUCGCAAUCGGAACUCUCCAGCUCAGAUGAAUCGGAUACGGACACGGACUCGCAGUUUGAGGAGGCAGACGAUUCGCCAUUUGGUGCGCAAACGCUGCAGCUGGCCUCGGAUUGGAUUGGCAAGCAGUAUUGCGAGGAUAGCGAUGAUUCGGAUGAUUUCUACGAUUCCAGUGAAGGUAUUGCAGAUGAUGGCAAAGAUGACACCGAGGGCGAAGAGUUUAAGAAGGCCCGUGAACUGCGACGAGAGGAAGUACGUCUGCAACCGCUGCCCGUGAAUCUGCCCACGGAUACAGAAACCGAGAAACCCCAAGUGGGCAAUGACAAUAAAGAGAAUGUAGAGCGUGCUUCGCUCAAGUCCGCCAACUCCUUUGAGUCGGCACAGAGUCAACCCUCCACGCCGGUUCCCACUCCCAUUGCCACGCCCACGCGUGCUCAACUCGAGCAGCUGGAGCGCAAUGCACCGCGUAAGUUUAGCAGCGAAAUCGAAGCCAUUAGCGAGAAGUUGUAUCACCUCAAUAAUAUGGUCAAAAUGAACAAGGAUCUGGAGGUGUUGGCCAAGGAGAAUCUCGUGAAGAGCGACAUUCUGCGCAAGCUAACGCUCAAGGAGAAAUGGCUAGCAGAGAAUGCAGCCAUUGCGGCAGGCAUGUCCAAUUCCAAUCCCAGUGCAGUGAAGCCGAGCAGCUCAAUUGUAGCAGCUGCGGUUGCAGUAGGCAUCGCUCCACCCAAAUCCAAGUUUGAUGAGAAGUACGAGAAAGUGGUUAGUCCACCACCUCACCCUGUUGUUGAAGUAAAACCUAAGCCUGUAAUUGAUUUUAAUCUGGAUGAGUUGAAACCACGUAAACCCAACUUUGAGGAGCGUCCCAAAGAGCAACUGAAACGCCCUGAAAGUCUGAAAAAACCGCCGCCACUCAGUCCCAAGCCGGAGCGCAAAAGUAGCGCCAAUGUGAGCCGCUCCAGCAGCAUUAAGAGCAAUGCCAGCUCCCAUAGUCCGCAGCUGAGAAAAGCUCCGCUGCCCAAUGAAAACAAAAUGCAAAUUGAGAACAUUUUGGGCACAAUGAAGAAGCUGCAGCGGCAGCAUAGCAGCGAAUUAGAUGAAGACAUGGACAUCGAUGAGGAGCCCAGCAAUCCACAACUGAGCAAUAAGCUUAAAGAGAUUGGCGCCAGCAGUUUUGCAGGCACCAUGGAUCACAUUAAAUCACAGAUGGUGACGCCCACUGUCCACACGGCAAGCGUGGAUUUGUCCAAAUAUUUUCCCAAUCAGAAACAGGAGAAGAGCAAUGCUGGAAAUAUAAAUAAGAAUCAGAAAACGCUGAAAGAUGUGGAUCUGGCAAGAUACUUUCCAAGUAGUCCGGCGCCCCAGCGACGAGCGGUGGAAACGGUGGCAGAGCGUCUAAAGAAGUCGCAAACUGAGGCGGUUUUAGCACCCAGCAAAGAAGCGAAGGACGAGAGCAAGACAGGAGCUAAGGUUGAGACAAAACUAGAGUCAAAAACUGAUAACAAAGUAGAGCCCAAAGUAGAUCCCAAGACGAAGCCCGUUCCACCUAAACGACAAGCUUCCCUUAACUCAUUUAGUUUGCGCGAUCAUCAGCUUGAUGGCGCCUUAGAUCUGAGCAAGAAGAAAGCACCGGUUAAAGUUGUAACUACAUCUAAAACACCCGCCAAGGUAGCAGCACCAACUAAAACUCCUGUAACUAAGACUCCAAGUGCCACCAGCGUGGGUAAGACAACAACCACGACCAAGGGCAAGGUUAAAAUAGUCAAGAAAAUUGUGCCCAAGGGCACCAAGGCAAAGAAAGCAGCAGCAGCUGCAGCUGCCGCAGCCACAAAGGUUACAGGGAUUACAGACACCACCGAAAUGCAGCCGGAGGAGCCGCAAGUGCCACGCGAUGAAGCUGAGCGCAUUCUCGAUGAAAUUCUAGCGGAUGGAGCGACUCGUUCACCCAGCUCCGAAUACCAGAAGCUCUUCAAUGAUGAGAAAUCGCCCAGCGAUUUGUCGGACAAAAUCGAGCGUAUACUUGAGGAUACAGGAUUGGAUCUGGAGCUUGGCUUGCCGCGACGCAGCAGCAAGAAGCUGGUGAAAACGAAGUCCUUGGGUGAGGGAGAUUUUGAUAUGCAACCCAAACGGUUGACUGGAGUACAGAAUAUACUCAAACGCUUCGAGUCCAUGAGCUCGGUGCACUCGCAGAACAGCGAUGAACAGUCCUCGUUCAAGUUGCGUCGCAUGGAGUCGAGUACCAGCAACAUGAGCAGCUUGAAUCGAUCUAGGGAGUCAUUAGUCUCGGUGAGUGAUUCGAUGAGUGAUCUGGAGCGCACCAUGGAUUAUUUGCGCAAUGAAUGGCGCAAUGAGGCCACCAACUUUUUGCAAAAGAAACGCGACAAGUUCUAUGCUCAAAAAGAGGAGCAACAAAAGCCAAUUGAGCUGCCAAAAGAACAGCAAAAGGUUAUGGAAUUACCAGUUCAAUAUCGGGACUCCAAACUAGCCAAGUUCUUUGGACUGGCGACACGUAAAUCGCCAGAGAAACGCAAGUCGCCUGAGAAGCGCAAAUCGCCUGAGAAACGCAAAUCGCCGCUUAAGAAAUUAAAAUCCCCGAGCAAGAGUCUCAAAGCAAGCAAAACUAAUAACUCGCUUGAGGAAUUGGCUAAAAUUAGCAAUGCGCGGCAGGCAAAGAAAACGCCGGCAAAGUUGCCAGAGAAGGUCAACAAAGUGGAAAAGAAGCUGCCAGUUAAAGUGGCUCCACCGAAACCAGCAACUCCUGUGCCGGAUGAUUUUGAAAUACUCGAUCUGUUAGACAAGGCAACCGAAGCCAAAGAGCUAGAACGUUCAAAGACGAAAAGCCCAUUGGUAGAAAUUGCCCUUGUUGUCGAGGCAACCAGCGAAGUGUUAAAUGUGGAGCCAGAGGCAACUGUUGAACGAACUGUGGUUGUGGAGGAUAUUAAGAACCUGCCCAAGACAGGCUGUGACAAGUCGCUGAACAACUCCCGGCGUGGUUCUCAGGCGAGCCUUGUGCUCUCCCGACGUCAAUCGGAAGUUUCUCUGACUGAAAAACUGCAGCUGGAUGCACUGGAAGUACUCCAGAGCAUAGAGCUAGAGCGUGAGGCCUUAGCGGAUGUUGAGCACGUGGAUGAUAUGUUCCAGAGCAUGGUAGAUGAACUAGAACAGACGCCUGCUCAAGAACCUACCAUUUAUAUGGACGAUGAGCUGGAUGCGGAUUCAUUGUGCACCACCAUCAGCAAGAGUCCCAGUGCUCAGCCUGUGACGGUGGUUAAGCGUGGCAGCUCGGAGGAACAUAGCAUCGAGAAGCUCCUUGGCGAUGUCUCCGAUGAAAUGCUGGUCAACGUUGAUUUCGAUUCUAACGAUGAACUGGUGGGAAUUGCGUCCAGUGUUAAACAGAGUGUAAAUAGCUCUGUAGAGCGAGACUUCGUGGAUAAAUUAGAGUCGCUGGAACGUGAUGAAGUUCCCUUAAAUAACACACCCCGCUUUGGACAAACGCUGCAGCCUAACAUGGAUGAAGUGGAUGGCGGCUGUUUUCCAUCGCGUCCACAGCGCAGACAGAAGAGUAGUUCCUCGUCCAGCGAGCCCACUUUACCAGUGGCACCGCAGCGUCUGAAGAAGAAGUUGGCUAAGCUGACGCCCGACAGCAUGCCGCCUUCGGUUCAGGAUUUGUUGCAACAGCUAAGUCCCAAAAUCGAAAAGGAGACACAGGCAACACCAGAGGAGCCAAUGAAGUUCCCUAGGCUGGCAGUAGAGGAAGAUGUCGUGGAUCAUCCCAAGGCAGUUAACUUAAAGACCCCAGAAAUGCAGCGAAAGCAGCCAGCAACUGUUGCCAGUUCACCAAAGUCCCUAGACAGUCAGAGCAACUCGCUGAAGAGUGAAAACUCCUCUCGUGGCAGUCUCAUUGAGCCACCCAAGUUGGUGACGCCACCCAAAUCACAGCGCAGCAAAGAGAACUCCCUCGACUGGGACAUGGAGAAGCUGCCCGUCUCACCGAUGCCGCGUCGCAAGCAACCCCCCGUUGUGGCUGCCAGCAAAGAGAGUUCCCUUGAGUGGGACAUGGAAAAAUUGCCCAACAGUCCCAUGCCACCCCGUCGUCGCAUUGCAGCUCCGAAGUCCGCUAAUGUGUCGCCCAGCAAUUCCAUACAGCUGCUGAACAAUCUGCCCUCAGCCGAGGAUGAGCAGCGCAUCAUUGAGGAAUUCGAGCGCGAGCGUCGUCAGGCACUCAUCAAACGUGACGAGAGCUUUGAGGCUGCGGCCGCAGAGCAGCGACGUCAGGAGUCGCAGCAGAGCAGCAGCAACUCCAGUGCUAGCAAGCGUAGUCUCCCGCCGCCCACGCCCCCUACACCACCAACGACACGACGUGGCACCACCCAGGAUACGGGCAGCCGACGAGAGUCGAUUCGCAAGGACGGUACCCCGCCUAUGUUCAAGAAACUGGAUCUGGGUGACGAUAGCAACUCGACACUGGACACAACGACGGCGUCCACGAGACGCAGCUCCUUUGCAUUUAUUGAAUUACAGGACAACAAGCCGGUAAUUGUCCCCAUGCCGCGCAAGCUGCACUUGCCCAAGCUAGAGCCGGCCAAGUAUGUACCGGAAGUUAGGGACGAAGCGGAACCAGUGCCAGAAGUGUUUAAGGAUCGUGCCUGGCCGAAGCCGCAGACAGGUGAACUGCAUGCGGACAGCGAGGAUGAGGAUCUAGAAGAGGAGGAUCCCAAGUCAAAACUGCCUGAGUAUGCGCGCUCCGACUCACCACCUUCGGCUGCUUUCCAGAAUCGACAGUGGCCCGAUGGCAAAACGGUGUUUGAUCAAACCGAUGCCAAGCCCUCGCUAGAAGCGGAUGAUAUACUCGGUCUGCUGGACAGCUCACGUCCUAAGCCGAGGCGCUUCAAUAAUAAGCCACGCUCACAGUCACCGCAACCCUUCAAGCCUUUGGCGGACAGCGCUCGCCUCAGCUCCAAGUCCGUGAGUGAUCUCAAAAAGAAUACACCCGUUUCGGGAUCGAUGCAUUCGCUAUCAGCACAGUCCAGCCAAGAUACAGACACCCGCUCCACAGCUACUACAGUAGCCACAUCACGACCUUUGAGCUAUGUAGUGAACUACGAUGAGCCUGAGGAUGCCAACAUGAAGGCGCUGCUCGAUCGCAGCAAGCGAUUGCACAACCGUAAGAGGGAGUUUGUCAAUGAACGCGUUGUGGAGCGCAAUCCUUAUAUGCGGGAUGUGAUCAGAAGCACCGAUCGUGCCGAUUACGAACCCGAUGAGGAGUUGUCCAGCUAUAGACCUAGGCAUUACACGACUAAAGCGCCCAGCAGUCGCUUCCCCAGCUCAUCAUCGUAUGCUAGAACCUCAGCACCACGCAGCAACUACGAUUACCUCAGCAGUAACAGCCUCGCCGGCAGCAGCAGCGAUUAUCUCAGUCGAAGACCCUACACAGGAUUAGGAACGAGCAGCGCAGCAACAACAAGCUCAAGCUCCGGUUAUUAUCCAAGCAGUACGCAUCUGAGUGAUCUUUUCCGGCGUCGCAAUCCCGCCACCAGCAGUAGCUCCAGCUAUGGAUUGCCCAGCAGCAGCAAAGAGUCGUGCGUACAAACCGAAUCCGAAAGCACAUCACCUGACGAAGUUGAGCUUAACUCUGCCACUGAAAUAUCCACCGACUCUGAGUUCGACAACGAUGAGAUCAUACGGCAGGCGCCGAAAAUCUUUAUCGACGACACACACUUACGAAAACCCACAAAAGUACAGAUAAAGUCCGGCAUGAUCACGCCGAGUGCCACUGGGCUGCAUCAGAAGCAGCUGGCGUCGCGGGAGAAGGGCGGCAGCUACCUGCAAAAGUAUCAGCCACAACCGCCGCUGCCGCAAUUCAAGCCACUGGUGCAAGUGGAUCCCACGCUGCUGAUCAGCAGCCAGCGAGCACCUCUGCAGAAUCCAAGACCUGGUGACUAUUUGCUGAACAAAACAGCGAGUACCGAGGGCAUUGCCUCUAAGAAGAGUCUGGAGCUGAAGAAGCGCUAUUUGCUGGGCGAGCCGGCGAAUGGCAACAAGAUACAAAAGUCGGGCUCAACAUCGGUGCUGGAUUCACGCAUACGCAGCUUUCAGUCGAACAUCUCGGAGUGCCAGAAGCUAUUGAAUCCCAGCAGCGAUAUCAGUGCGGGAAUGCGCAGUUUCCUCGAUCGCACCAAGCUCGGUGACAAUGCGCAGAACAAUGAGUUGAUGCGUUCUGCCACCAGUAAUGUGAUAAAUGAUUUGCGUGUCGAACUGAAGAUACAGAAGGCGCCUUCGAGUAACUCAACGGACAAUGAGAAGGAAAAUGUGUUUGUCAACAGCAAAAAUGAGCUGAACAAAGGCAUGGAAUACACGGAUGCUGUGAAUGCCACGCUGCUCGAACAGCUGAAUAAAAAGAGUUCACCGACGACGCCAACGAAUAACAAAACAGUGAUUGAGGUGAUUGAUCUGGUGACGCCAGAGAAACCGGUGCCCUUCAUUGAUCUCACCGUGCUGGAGACACCAAAGAAAGCCACGGAUGCCAGCAGCCCAAUAGCCAACAUUGUUGAGACGGUAACACCCGACAGCAAUAAGAUCAGCGAUGUGAUCAAACCGGAUGUGUCCAAGGACGUCAAGGAGUGCAUACCCGACAUACUCGGCGACAUCAAAGCGGAGAAGGAAGGCACCGAUGUGGCCGACUCGGAAGAACAGCAAUCGUUGCUCUGUCAAUCGGACGAGGAGAAACGUGACUCGCCCGAGAAGGCGAACGAUCAGGAGCCGGAGGAUACGCUGCAGAUUCAAGUGCCCAACAUACCCUGGACCAAGCCCAAGUCUGAGAUUAUGUCCACGACCGCAAGCAGUGCCACCAGCUGCUCCAGCUCUGGCAGCUCAAGCAUUGAGGACAUACAGCACUACAUACUGGAGUCAACAACAAGUCCGGACACGCAGACAGCGGGUGGCAAGCACAAUGUGCCGCGUCUAGAGGUACACGACAGCAGCGGAGCUCUGAUGCAGGUGGACAGCCUGAUGAUUGUGAAUGGCAAGUACAUUGGCGAUCCGGAGGAUGUCAAGUUCCUUGACAUGCCAGCUGGCGUGAUUGUGCCGCCAGCUGUGAAGACUACCGAGCUGGAGGAGGAACCAGAGGCGGAUGUGGAGCCGGUGACAGCGACGCCGGAGCCAGCCGAGUGCACUGUGAUUGAAGCAACUACAACACCGGCAACAACGCCACCAGCACUGCCAGAGAUGGGACCACCCAAGCUUAAGUUUGACAGCAAAAACGAGAACAAAAUCGAGAGCUUGAAACAUCUGCCACUAAUUGUGGAACGAACGCUGGAGCACAGUCAAGCAGUGAAACCCAUUACGCUUAAUCUUAGUAGCAGCGUGGCAAGAACUCCCGACACGCCCACAACGCCCACGCAGCAUGAUAGCGAUAAGACGCCUACAGGUGAUUUGAAUUCACGUUCCGACUCAGAGACAGAAGCCACAGGCACCGGUCAGGUGUUGACGGAAACGGAGUUGUCCGAUUGGACGGCUGAUGAUUGCAUAUCGGAGAAUUUCGUGGACAUGGAAUUUGUGAUCAACUCGAACAAGGGCACCAUGAAGCGACGCAACAAGGAGCGACGACGCAACGCUGGCCAAGCCAACGCAAAGAUGCCCAGCAGCACGCAAGUGAUGCACGAACUCGCCAAGCAGGCGCCAGUGGCUGAAAUGGAGGGCAUUCUACAUGCCAUCGACAUCGAUGACAUUGAGUUCAUGGACACUGGAUCUGAGGGCAGCUGUGCUGAAGCUUACUCAGCAACAAACACAGCGCUGCUGCACAAUCGUGGCUACAUGGAGUACAUCGAGACGGUGCCCAAAGCGAGAGCGCCUUCCACAAGUGUCCUGCCAUCAGCACAGCCCAAGUUGCAGCCGCUGCUGACAAAGCGUGAUGAGAAGCUGGGCAUUGAUUACAUCGAGCAGGGCGCUUACAUCAUGCAUGACGAUGCCAAGACACCGGUGAAUGAGGCGCCACGUCUGAUGACACAAUCCCUAACUGAUUCGAGUACACUCAACGAGCUAGACGAGGACAGUUUGGCUGGCAUGGCCACAUCGCAGACACUCACACAAACACAGCCCACAACCACAGAGGAGAGCGAAGCGCUCACGGUGGUCACAAGUCCGUUGGACACUUCAUCGCCGCGUGUGUUGGAUCAAUUCGCAUCGAUGCUGGCAACAGGCAAGGCCACAGAUGCAGCGUCGACACCCAGCAGCUCGGAGCAGCAGCCAAAGACAACUCAAUCGACAGUCACAACCAAUAGCAGCGGCGGUGGCGGCAGCAGCUCAACGCCAGCAGCCCCUAAAGAUACGGAAGCGGAGGACAUGCAAAUACAGUUUGAGUAUGUGCGUGCGCUGCAGCAGCGCAUCUCGCAGAUCAGCACACAGCGUCGCAAGAGCUCCAAGGGCGAGGCGCCCAAUUUGCAGCAAGCAACUGUGAUAGACGCAAGCAGCAACAAUGCAUUGCAAUCCUCAUCGCCAGCAGCUGGCGAUAUGGUUGCAAUGCGACCACGCAGCAGCAGCUCGUCGAGCAAAGUGCCCGAGAUACCCACGCUGAACAGCAAGCUCGAGGAGAUCAGCAAGGAGCGCACCAAGCAAAAGGAUCUCAUACACGAUCUGGUCAUGGACAAGCUGCAGUCGAAGAAGCAACUCAACGCUGAGAAGCGUUUGCAUCGCAGUCGCCAGCGAAGUCUGCUAACCAGCGGCUAUGCCAGCGGCGCCAGCUUGAGUCCCACACCCAAGUUGGCAGCGGCGAGCAGCUCCAGCGAUGCCAAUUGCAGCAGCCAGGCGCAUUAUCAUGUCUCAACGGCGGCCAUCGAGCAGCCCAGCGCAAGCAGCGUUGAUUCACCCACAUUCAAGCAACCGAAUCCGCUACAGAAGUCAGCCACAGCUUCGUAUGUGUCGCCAUAUCGCACUGCGCAGCCGGUGACACGCAGCACAGAUUUUUACAAGGCGCGUCCAUUCAGCGAGCACAUCGAUGCCGAGCAACUGAAUCUGCUGGAGCGGCACAAGCUGAACAAGACAGCAUCGUUUAGCUACGGCAAAGUGGAUGAGUUUGCCACACCCAAGCCGCCAGUGCGUCCGCAACGCAGCAAUCAGCAUCAUCGCGAGCAGCAAAUCGAACAUGCAGCCGAGCUAAGCAUCUCUGCAUCCACCGAGAAUUUGCGCAGCGAGGCACGUGCUCGAGCCCGCUUGAAGUCCAACUCGGAACUGGGCUUGAGCCCCGAAGAGAAGAUGCAGCUGUUGCGCAAGCGUUUGCAGUACGAUCAGAAUAGUGCGCUGAAGGCCAAGCAGCAGGAACAGCACGCCAACGAUUUGGCAGCGCGUGCUAUUAAGAUGAGCGCCUCGAAGAGCGUCAAUGACUUGGCUUAUAUUGUGGGUCAUGGCCAGCAGCAACAUCAACUGCGCUUGGACAACGACAGUGCCGUGAAUCAGGCCAAGGCAGCGGACUUUACGUCCGAUCCGAAUCUGGCGGCCAGUGUGCAACAGGACAAACCGCAGAAGAGCAAAACGAGUCGGCGGCAAAAGGAUCCGGAGCGUCGCAAGAGUCUGAUACAAUCGCUAUCCAGUUUCUUUCACAAGGGCACAACGUCCUCGACGGCCAGCAGUCCCAAGGAACAGAGCGGCGCUGUAGCUGCCAAUCACUCUGCAGAGCAUGCAGAGCGUCCUGGCACCAGCAGCAGCGGCACGCCCACGAUCUCCGAUGCAGGCAGUUCCGGCGGAGGCGGCGGCGUUUUCAGUCGCUUCCGCAUCUCACCCAAAUCGAAGGAAAAGUCUAAGUCUUGCUUUGAUCUGAGGACUUUCGGUUUUGGUGACAAGGAGAUGAUCACAACAACAAGCACAACACCGACACCAACAACAUUGGCAACCGCAACAACAGGAACAACAUCACAAACAACAACAAAACACUCCCAAGAUUACCUCAACCUCAACAACACCACGAACAACAGUCGCUACCGAAAGCAAACGAACACCGAAUCGUUCUCUUCGUCCAGCCCGCAGCUCUAUAUACACAAGCCCCAUCAUCAUCUGGCCGCAGCGAAUGCAAUGGACGACCAGACUCCGCCACCCAUACCGCCUUUGCCACUGAAUUAUCAAAGAUCCGAUGAUGAAAGCAACGCUAACGAGACACGAGAGCAUAAGAAGCAACGUGCCAUAUCGAAGGCUUCACGACAGGCUGAGCUCAAGCGAUUGCGAAUCGCUCAAGAAAUCCAGCGUGAACAGGAGGAGAUCGAGGUGCAGUUAAAGGAACUGGAGGCGCGUGGCGUUCUCAUUGAGAAGGCCCUAAGGGGCGAGGCGCACAACUAUGAAAACUUGGAUUCGAGUAAGGACAAUGAUGAGAAGCUACUUAAAGAACUUUUGGAAAUAUGGCGCAAUAUCACAGCACUGAAAAAACGUGAUGAAGAACUGACCAUUAGACAACAGGAACUGCAACUGGAGUAUCGACAUGCACAGCUCAAGGAGGAGCUCAACUUACGUUUGUCUUGCAAUAAACUGGACAAGAGCUCCGCGGAUGUGGCUGCUGAGGGUGCGAUACUCAACGAGAUGCUGGAAAUUGUGGCUAAACGGGCGGCACUACGACCAACUGCCUCACAAGCGGACCUAACUGCAGCGGGCGCUGCAUCAACCUCAACAGAGGCGGGCAUUACACUAGCCGGCCAAUCGCACGAACUCGACGAAUCGAAUAUUUGAAUAACAAACUUGCCUUGGGGUUUACUGGCUUAUGAAGUCUUUCAAGGAUUUAUACGCCUAAAUACUUAAGUAUAAAGUACCAAAAACAAAA